GUAACGGCGGUCAAAUGUUCUCGACGGCGUCGGUUCAAAAGGUCGCCGUGGCAUCGACGUACGUGUUGUUCGUAUUGUUCAUUUGACCAUGCCCCAACCAUGCCGCAUCGACGCGUGCCGUCGCUAUAGCAAGUCGGGCGGCCUGUGCCUCUACCACAUGCGCGACACGAUGCCAACGAAAGAUUCAACGCCAGCGACGACAACUGCCCCCACGAUCUCGUCAUCUCCUCCACGCACGACCAGCAACACCACAUCAACACGUCGACCACCCAUGGCACUGUCCCCUGCGCCAACCCCGACGACCCCGACAACGUCCCACGUGUCCAUGGGUGGACCAGUUCCGAAACCAUCCGACUUGCGCGCCGCCUCGACGACCACCGGCCCGUACCACCAGCCACACCGCCGAUGGGUUGCAAUAUCCAAGGUCCGGUACCACCACACUGGCUGGAUCAAGUGUUUGGUGCCGCAGUGCCACUCGGAAGCCAAGCGGCACUUUGCGUUUUGCUCGGGCCAUGAAAAUUCCGUCGUGUGCGUCCACGAACGGACGAAACAAUACUUGUCAACAUCCCACGAUGUCGCUGAUGGAGACGCCGCCCCCGUGGAUCGAGUUUCGUCGAUGUCUGUCCCAAAGAGCCACAUGCGAAGAAGGCCCACGCCUUCGUACACAGAAGACAGGAUGCACCAUCCCGACCACGGCGCAGCGACGUCAUCGCAGCACACACGGCUGCUGCAUCCGAUGGAGCUGUAACUCGUAAUUUAAGCGAAAACAACACGGUCGCAUCGUCGUUGAG